AUGGAAUUUAUGGACGGAAGCUUGUGUCUUCAACACUUCUUUUUCAUUUUGGUCAAUGGUAGUCUAACCAAGGAUUUUAUUGGUUCGAAAGGGCUUAGACAAGGCGAUAUGUUAUCUCCUUUUUUCUUUGCUAUAGUCGGAGAAGGUUUAGAUGAAAUAGUUUCCAAAGUGAAGGAAAAAGGGUUGUUCAAGGGUAUGAAAUGUCGUGAUGACAUCGAAUACAACAUUCUCCAAUUCGUGAGUGAUACAAUUUUGACGGGGGAGUGCAGUUGGAAGAAUUUAUGGAAUUUGAAGGCUAUAUUUAGGGGUUUCGAAUUAGUAUCUGGAUUAAAAGUGAACUCUUAUAAAAGCAAGAUUUAUGGUAUUAAUACUUCAGAUUCUUUCUUAGAAGCAGGGGAGGAUUUCUUGAGUUGCUGUGAUGACAAAAUUCCUUUUAAAUUUCUUGGAAUUUUGGUUGGAUCUAAUCCUAGGAGGUUGUCCUCGUGGUUAGGAGUUAUCAAUUUUUUGAAGUCCAAACUUUCAUUGUGGAAAGGUAAGUUCCUCUCUAUAGGUGGUAGGAUCAAUCUAUUGAACUCUACCCUCAAUAGUAUACCUAUUUAUACGCUUUCCUUUUACAAAGCCCCGAAAGCGGUUUUGAGGUGGAUCAUUUCGAUUCAAUCUAGAUUCUUACGACAGGGGGAUUAUGAUAAGAACAGAAUUACAUGGGUUAGUUGGAAUUCAAUUUGCAAAUAUAAGAAGGAAGGUUGUUUAGGAGUGAAGGACAUAUCGUUAGUUAAUGAGGCUCUCUUAGCAAAGUGUAAGUGGAGGUUUCUUCACGAUCGAAAUGCGGUUUGGAAGGGUAUAUUGGAAUUUAGGUAUGGCCACUUGGUGAGGGAAGCUUUCAGCCAUUCUUCUUCGAAGUCCCUGAAAACGACAUCCAUAUGGUGA